CUCUCAAACUUGGUGAAGAAAACUAUGGAUCUUUUUUUUCGCGCUCUGAUUUGAAUUCGCAUGUACUUGCACGUUGGCAGCUAGAAAAUGAGAGAGUUAAUUGGCCAGGAAUAAUUAAAUUUUUUAUUGAACACCGAGUAUCUUUGCCAAAUUCAAAAACUCCAACUAGCCAUUAUCUUGCUAUUGUUGAUUGGUAUAGAAGAGAUUCACAAAAACAAAGCUAUUUUUAUGUAAAAUCACGUGAUAAAUUAUUCAAAAAUAUAUUAUCUACAAAUGCCGAUGGAACUUACCAUGCGGAAUUGUGGGAAGACCGAUUCGUUGAGCGAGGAAUUGUAACUAUCUUACCAAUUCAAAGGAUAAUCGGUCGAUUUGUUAAAAGCAAUGGAAUAAAGUUAUCUGGAACUACUUUAAACUCCCUUUCAACAAGUAUUACUAGCUUAACUCAAAGCGUAAAUGAAAUGAAAACUACUUUAAAUUCUUCAGAUAUUAAAAAUCAACUUGAAAUAACAAAAAAUUCAAUCGAUUCUUUAAAACGUCGAUUUGAUAUUUAUGAGCAAAACCAGAAUGAGAUUGCAACUACUAUACAGCGUAUUAAUAGUGAACAUGGAAUUAAAAUACAACGUCUUGAAGAUACAUUAAUAACUGCAACUACUACAUUAGAAAAUUUAUCAACUUCUACUUCGGCACUUCAAGAUACUACAAACAAUAUAUUAUCACAUAUUCAGAGUUAUGACAAUAAUAUUUCAAGUAUAACAAAUACAACAAUUAACUCUCCACGCGCUAUUACGGUAGCAAAUCCUGUGCUUACUGCAAAAGUUCAUGACAAGAUGCGUUAUUUUAAUGGAUUUGAUGAUGAAUCUCAAUCUCAAGAUCGUAAUUAUAUAUAUGACUUUGAACUUGGUCCUAAAAACCGGAAAAACAAAAGAAUUACUCGAAAUUAUGUGGAUCUCUUUAUUAAGGAAUUUGAUGUCCAAUUCGAAAACACACAAACUAAUGAAAAAUGGAAUGAAACUACAAUCACUGAAAUCUGUGAAGCUUACUUUAAGACAUUGAAAAAAGAACGUAACACUACUCCGGCUGCAAAAAUGUUGAAUGAUCAACGCUCACGACGGCGUAAGCGACGUGAUACAAAAUCACUUAACCGAUUAGCCGCCUUAAACAAAAUUCCUGAAAGCAAUUUAAAUUAUCCUAAAAUUGAAGUUGAAAAGUUAUUUUCUUUUGAGGUGACAUCCCCGGAAGUGUCUGAUGCUGAAGAGAUUCCAAUAUCUGGCUCUGAUGAUUUAGAUAUAUCUCAAUCAUUUAGAAGAAAACUAUUAGUACCGGUUCUUCCUUGGAUAAGCGACGAGGCAAUUCAUAUCCGCGGUCUUGUAGAGGAUUUGAUUAACCGAAAUCGAGUGGAAAAAUUAAAUUCUGGAGGCCGUCAUUCUUACACUACUCCUCUUCCACGUGAAAUUAUUAAAAUGGACGAUCCAAGAUGGAUUACGAUGCGAUCAAUGAUUCCUCCAAAACCGAAAGACCUCCCAAAUUGGGCAUGGAAUCAAAUCGAUCCAAGCGAAUACUUUGAAAAUUCUGAUGACAUAGAUGAUGACAUUUAUGAAUAA